UCACAUUUAGAAGUUAUAUGGUGUCUUGUUUAACGAUAUUUUACCUCUUAUAACUUUGGGCUUUAUUUACUAAAUAAUAAUAAAAUAAAUAAUAAAAUAAACAAACGUGCCCCGGAAGUUCUUUGUGCUCGUGCCACGUCAGAGCUACAAGCCGCUACACUGCUGCUACUUGUCUGCAGCUUUAGCAGUUUCUUCUUGCUCUCACCAUGCUGUGCCUGGGACUGAGCUGUCUGCUGCUGCUGCAUGUGUGUUUAGUGUUUGGGACUGAGCUCACAUUUGAGCUUCCUGACAACAAUAAGCAAUGUUUCUACGAGGAACUAGAGAAAGACGUGAAGUUUGAAAUAGACUUCCAGGUCAUUGCAGGAGGAAACUAUGAUGUGGACUCUUUUGUUAUCGAUCCUCUAGACAAUGUCUUGUAUGAUGAGAAGAAGAAGCAGUAUGACAGCUUCUCUCACACCACAACUAUGAAGGGAGUCUACAAGGUCUGCUUCAGCAAUGAGUUCUCCACUUUUACAGAUAAAACGGUGUACCUGGAGUUCCGCCACGGAGAUGAGGAGCCUCUCAUUCAGACCAUGACUGGAACUAUGGCACUGACUCAGGGUGCAGGUGUCCGCGUGCUCAUAGUCCUAGUUAACAUGGCGUGUUACCUUAAAGCUCUGACGACCGUGUGGAGAAGUACAGCCGCUGUGCUGACUCUAAACCCCGCAGUGCUGUCACCGGCCGCCGGCUGCCAUCAUACGCUGCAGCAGAGGAACUAUGCCACGAAGCGAAUCAAAGCGGACCGGCCGGUGGUGGAGAUGGACGGAGAUGAGAUGACUCGCAUCAUAUGGGAGUUCAUCAAAGAGAAGCUCAUCCUGCCCAAUGUUGACGUUGAGCUGAAGUACUACGACCUGGGUCUGCCGUACCGCGACCAGACGGACGACCAGGUCACCAUCGACUCUGCUCUGGCAACUAAGAAAUACAACGUGGCCAUCAAGUGCGCCACCAUCACCCCCGACGAGGCUCGAGUUGAGGAGUUUAAGCUAAAGAACAUGUGGAAGAGUCCGAAUGGAACCAUCCGGAACAUCUUGGGUGGCACCGUUUUCCGUGAGCCUAUUCUUUGCAGAAACAUCCCUCGUCUUGUUCCCGGCUGGACACAAGCCAUAACAAUCGGCAGACAUGCUUUUGGCGAUCAGUACAAGGCCACAGACUUUGUCAUUGACCAGCCGGGCAAGUUCAAGAUGGUGUUUAUCCCGGCCGAUGGAAGCACGCAGAAGGAGUGGGAGGUGUAUGACUUUCCUGCAGGGGGCUGUGGGAUGGGAAUGUACAACACUGACGAGUCCAUCAGUGGAUUUGCUCACAGUUGCUUCCAGUAUGCCAUCCAGAAAAAGUGGCCUCUAUACAUGAGCACCAAGAACACCAUCCUCAAGUUCUACGACGGGCGCUUCAAAGACAUUUUCCAGGACAUCUUUGAGAAGACGUACAAGCCGGAGUUUGACACGCUGAAGAUCUGGUACGAGCACCGUCUCAUCGACGACAUGGUGGCCCAGGUCCUGAAGUCUUCUGGAGGAUUUGUUUGGGCGUGCAAGAAUUACGACGGAGAUGUGCAGUCGGACAUUCUGGCUCAGGGUUUUGGUUCUCUCGGUCUCAUGACAUCAGUGCUGAUGUGCCCCGACGGGAAGACUAUCGAGGCCGAGGCUGCACAUGGCACCGUCACGAGGCACUACCGUGAACACCAGAGGGGAAGACCAACAAGUACCAACCCCAUCGCGAGCAUCUUUGCCUGGACCAGAGGACUGGAGCACAGAGGCAAACUGGACGGAAAUCCUGAUUUGAUAAAGUUCUGCCACACGUUAGAAAAAGUCUGUGUUGCAACGGUGGAAGGUGGUGUGAUGACCAAAGACCUUGCAGGUUGCAUCCAUGGUUUGGCCAACUGCAAGCUGGAUGAACAUUAUGUCAACACAUCGGACUUCCUGGAUACCAUCAAGACCAACUUGGACAAAACACUGGGCAAAUGAAGAUCUAUCGGACGACACAGUUGCCGGCGUAGAGACGAACCCUGUUUUUACGCUUCGUUCGUAUGAAUCUUUGAAGGAACCAAGCGUGCCAUUUGUUGUAUUUGUAUAGCUCACCGACACAUAAUUGUGCUCGUUCCUCUGCCUUUCCUGUUGCCAAGGUCCAGGUUCGUUUAUUGUACGAUUUAAGUGAUUGUGCUUUAUAAAUUAAUGUUAACUUAUAGUGGCGAAGAAAUGUCAGUAUUUCACAUUUGAUUAGACUUCAACAUAAUGUCCAAUCGAUGACAAUGAUGCCAUGUUUUGCAGUGUGUGUGUGUGUGUGUGUGUGUGUGUGUGUGUGUGUGUGUGUGUGUGUGUGUGUGUGUGUGUGUGUGUGUGUGUGUGUGUGUGUGUGUGUGUGUGUGUGUGUGUGUGUGUGUGUGUGUGUGUUCAGGUGUUUGAUGAACUGUAAGGCAGUGGUGAACAGAAACUACAUUUAAAGUUCUGUACUUUACUUGAGUAUUUCCAUUUCCUGCUACUUUAUAACUUCUACUCCUCUACAGUUCACUGUUUUACUUCAGAUUAAUAACAGAAAAUGUAAUCAAAUAAUGCAUCAUGUAUUAUUAUUAUAGGUUAAAAUCAAACUUUAUUGAUCCCUUGGUGAAAUUCACACCAUUUAUAUAAUAAUAAAGAAUAAGCUCCUUUCACCAGCUGCAAAAUUACAUUAAUUCAUGUAUUCAAGUUCAAUAUUAUUAUAAAUAUUAUGUUAUAUUCUAAAAUGUUGUACAUAAUGUAUA